AUGGACUUCUAUGGAACAGCCGUGACGGCAAUAACACAGAUUUACCAGAUUACCGUCUUCAUAAAGGGUAUCAGAGAUGAUGUCAAGGACUUUGACGAUGACCGCGCCGAAAUCCGCCUGAAGUUGGAUAUACAGCUAUCUACUCUGUGGUUCUUCAGACGGAUCUUCUUCAAUCAAAACCAAGGGUUAAUGGUAUCGGGAAGGAUAGAUCCCUUCAUCGCCAACACGGUGGAGCGGCUACUGGUGCAGAUGCGAAAGACGCUGGCCGAAUACGAGAUCUUCGCUACUAAGUACAGUCUCAUUGAUGAUGAGCUCAUUAUCGGUUUCGAGCAACCCGAACUGCAAGAAGCGUCUUUGUUAGAGCGGGUAAAGAGCAAAGCUAGAUCACUCAAGCUCAGGGGGGUUGACUGGUCGCUCUUUGAGAAGAAAAAGGUGUAUCGCAUACUAAACUUGUAUACAGAGUGGUCUGAAAACCUGCGAAAUAUCAUGCAGCACAUGACGCAAGAAGUGCUGACCGGAAUAGCUGGGAGUGACUAUCAAGGAUUGAAAAGCUGUGGGCUUGAACCAGUUAUGAAGCGUCGAGAGAUAGCCGGAGCUAAGGCGCCAACGAGCUACCGCAGUUUGACAGGAAUAAUCUCGGAAGCAGGAAAGGCUACAGGUGAAUUUCACCUAGCCAAGUGGUCAUCUAAAUCCUCCGAAGAACAAGUUAUUGUUGAGUACCACGAGUACGAAAACAUGCUCAAACGCGAUGAUCUGGAGCCGGACGAAAUAGAAGAGCUCAAGGAGCCCAUUCGUAACCUGGCGUGGCUCCUUCAGAGCACAAGUUUCUCUACAAAGUCGCCACACUGCCUUGAUCAGCCCAAGAUAUAUGCGCUAGAGUGUCUUGGUUUCAUCGACCAACCCACCCAACAACGAAGUGUCUUCCUAUAUCAACUUCCUCCAUCCGAAUCGGCCCCUAGUGCAUCUCUGACAACCUUACAUGCUUUCAUUAACGCAGUUGAUAGCGUAAGCAAGCGACCUUUAAAGAGACCGUCACUCAACGACCGUUUUAGUAUGGCAUACAGCCUCUCUUUGACCAUUUCAAAUGUUCACGCCUCGGCAUGGGUCCACAAAAACAUCUGGAGUAGAGGGAUUCUUCUCUUCCUUGAGACAUCCUCCGGAGCUAUCACAUCCGGUGUCUACGAGCAUCGUCUCUCUAAGUACACUAUGGGAAGCAAAAUCAUAUCAUAUCUCAGCGACUGGGGCUACGCCCGGUCCAUCCAGCAAGGUACAGACAUGCGAUCUGACUUCGAGGUCGAACCUAAUUUCUACCGCCACCCCUCGCGACAGGGUCGUCCAACGCAGCAGUUUAGCCGCCUGCAUGAUAUAUAUGCAUUAGGUGUAAUACUUCUAGAAAUUGGGCUGUGGGGUACAAUAUCCCGGCUGAUGGCUGUUAAGAUCAAAGAGGCAGAGAGCAGCGGGCGGCUCCCGAAACCAAAGAAAGUCGUUGAGGAAUUUUUAAAUAUUGCCACUCAGGGCUUGCCAAAGGAGAUGGGAAUGGGCUAUACAAAUGCAGUUCUUUCCUGUCUCAAGGGGGAGUUUCGGGGUACAGACGGUCCUUCUUUAGCUAUGGACUUUCAGGAGAAGGUUGUUAGCGUUCUAAAGGGGGGUAUUGAGCUAUGA